AUGGUAGGAUGGGCUUUGGGUAUUAAUGUUUGUCAAAGGAGUUCCUGAUUGGCUUCUACACGUCUCACAUCAUCUGUAACACUGCCCUACUUUUUGCUGUCCGGAGAGAGCGUAUGGUGACUGCCGAAUUCCAAAGCUUUAGAAAAACUGAUGUUAGUUAGUCGGCGAGAGGGGUAGCGAGCGGUGAGUUCUCAGCACGGCUGACUCGCUUGCAAUGGCGAUGUGGACUGGCCGAAAUUUACCCUCGUUUUUAGCGGCGGUUGGACUUUUCUUGGUCGCCAGUGGUCCUCACGUCGUCUCCUCUUGCCCAAGCCGCUGUUUAUGUUUUCGCACUACCGUUAGAUGUAUGCAUUUAAACUUGGAAACUGUACCUGCCGUGGCUCCUCAAACCACCAUCCUAGACCUGAGAUUCAAUAAAAUAAAAGACUUACAGCCAGGCUCUUUCAGACGACUCAAGAACCUCAACACUCUCCUUUUAAACAACAAUAACAUCAGAAGAAUCCCUAGAGGGGCCUUUGAAGAUCUGGAAAACCUGAAAUAUCUCUAUUUGUACAAGAAUGAAAUCCAGGCAAUUGACAGGCAAGCAUUUAAGGGGCUUGUCUCUCUAGAGCAACUGUAUCUGCACUUCAACAAUAUUGAGUCCUUAGAGCCUGAGUCCUUUGCUCAUCUGCCCAAGCUUGAACGCCUAUUUUUGCACAACAACAGAAUCACCCAACUCGCGCCGGGAACCUUUUCCCAUCUGCAGUCCAUGAAGAGGCUGCGUCUGGACUCAAACACACUAAACUGUGAUUGUGAGCUGCUGUGGCUGGCUGACCUGCUGAAGCAGUAUGCGGAGUCAGGGAAUGCCCAGGCAGCCGCCACCUGUGACUAUCCCAGCAGACUGCAGGGCCGCUCCGUGGCCACACUGACCGCUGAGGAGCUCCACUGUGAGGUCCCCAGAAUCACCUCGGAGCCCCGGGACGUGGACGUGACCUCAGGGAACACGGUGUACUUCACCUGUCGCGCAGAGGGCAACCCCAAGCCUCAGAUCAUCUGGCUGAGAAACAACAAUGCACUGAACAUGCGUGACGACGCACGCCUUAACCUGCUGGAGGACGGCACACUGAUGAUCCAGGACACGCGCGAGACUGACCAGGGCGUCUACCAGUGCAUGGCCAAGAACGUGGCCGGAGAGGUGAAGACGUCAGAGGUCACCCUGCGCUACUAUGGCACACCAUCACGGCCCAGCUUCGUGAUCCAGCCGCAAAACACAGAGGUGCUUGUGGGUGAGAGUGUGACCCUGGAGUGCAGCGCCACCGGCCAGCCCCACCCCCGUGUCUCCUGGACCCGUGGCGACCGCACGGCCCUGCCCACCGACGACCGCGUCAACAUCACCCCCUCCGGGGGCCUUUACAUCCAGAACGUCAACCAGGCCGACAGCGGCCAGUACACCUGCUUCGCCAGCAACGAAGUGGACACCAUCCAGGCCACCGCCUUCAUCAUAGUGCAGGCUGUCCCCCAGUUCACUGUGACCCCGCAGGACCAGACAGUUCUGGAUGGCCAUACCGUGGAUUUCACCUGUGAGGCCAGUGGAUACCCACAACCCGUCAUAGCCUGGACCCGUGGAGGAAGCCCGCUGCCAAAUGAUAGGCGGCAUGUGGUGCUCUCCACGGGCACCCUCCGUAUUUCUCGCGUGGCACCUCACGACCAGGGCCAGUAUGAGUGCCAGGCCAUCAAUCCCGUAGGCACCGUGACCACACCCGUUCAGCUCAACAUCCAGCAAAGAGUAACGCCUGUUUUCACAAAUGCUCCAAGGGAUGCAACGGUGGAGUCUGGCACGGAUGUCCAGAUUCCCUGCAGUGCUCAGGGAGAGCCCGUGCCCGUCAUCACCUGGAACAAGGAUGGGGUCCAGAUAACAGAGAGCGGUAAAUUCCACAUUAACCCCGAGGGAUACCUGGGGGUCAGUGAUGUUGGACCCGCAGAUGGGGGACGCUAUGAGUGUGUCGCUCGGAACUCCAUCGGGUUCUCCUCCAGCAGUAUGGUUCUAACGGUCCAGGUGCCCCAGGUAAGCCGAGAAGGGGAUCCAUUUGUGGACCAGUCCAUUGAGGAGGCCAUCCGUAGUGUCAACAGUGCCAUUGACUCCACCAGGAGACAUCUGUUUGACGGCUCCCCACGAACACCAGGAGAAUUGUUGGCCCUCUUCCGAUACCCGAGGGACCCCUACACGGUGGAGCAGGCGAGGGCAGGGGAGAUCUUUGAGCAGACUCUACUUCUCAUCCAGCGACAUGUCAAUCAAGGGCUGACGGUCGACACAAAUGGAACAGCCUUCCGUUAUAAUGACCUAGUGUCUCCACGCUUCUUGGAAAUGAUUGCCAACCUUUCGGGAUGCACAGCGCACCGGCGAUUCAACAACUGCUCUGAUAUCUGCUUCCACCAGAAGUACCGCAGCCACGACGGCACGUGCAACAACCUGCAGCAUCCUAUGUGGGGCGCCUCCCUGACUGCCUUCGAGCGUCUCCUCAAGCCUGUGUACGACAACGGCUUCAACCUCCCGCGCGGCGUCAACGAGAGGCGGCACAACAGCUUCCCACUGCCCUUGCCACGCCUGGUCUCCACCACCAUGAUCGGUUCAGAGACCAUCACACCGGAUGACCGCUACACACACAUGCUGAUGCAGUGGGGCCAGUUCCUGGACCACGACCUGGACUCCACGGUGUCGGCCCUCAGUCAGUCACGCUUCUCAGACGGCCAGCUGUGCGCCCAGGUGUGCACUAAUGACGCUCCCUGCUUCCCCAUCAUAUUCCCGCCCAACGACCCGCGGCAGCUGCGGAGCGGCGCGCGCUGCAUGUUCUUCGUGCGCUCAAGCCCGGUGUGCGGCAGCGGCAUGACCUCUCUGCUCAUGAACUCCGUGUUCCCCCGCGAGCAGAUCAACCAGCUCACCUCCUUCAUCGACGCCUCCAACGUCUACGGUAGCUCACACCACGAGGCCGAGGAGGUCCGGGACUUGGCGAGCCACCGGGGUCUCCUCCGGCAGGGCAUCGUGCAGCGCUCGGGCAAGCCCCUGCUGCCCUUCGCCGCCGGGCCGCCCACCGAAUGCAUGCGGGACGAGAACGAGAGCCCCAUCCCCUGCUUCCUGGCGGGUGACCACCGAGCAAACGAGCAGCUGGGGCUUACAGCCAUGCAUACAGUUUGGUUCCGCGAGCACAACCGCAUCGCAACAGAGCUGCUGCGUCUGAACCCACACUGGGAUGGGGACACCAUCUACCAUGAGGCGCGCAAGAUCGUGGGCGCCCAGAUGCAGCACAUUACUUACAGCCACUGGCUGCCAAAGAUCCUUGGUGAAGUGGGCAUGAAGUUGAUGGGCGACUACCGCAGCUAUGACCCCAAUGUGAACUCUGGAAUCCUCAAUUCCUUUGCCACCGCUGCCUUUCGCUUCGGCCACACACUGAUUAACCCCAUCCUGUACAGGCUGGAUGAGAACUUCCAGCCCAUCCCCCAGGGCCACAUCUCCCUACACAAGGCUUUCUUCUCACCUUUCCGUAUAGUCAACGAGGGGGGCAUCGACCCCCUUCUCCGCGGCCUGUUUGGGGUGGCAGGCAAGAUGCGCGUCUCAACCCAGCUGCUUAACACCGAGCUGACGGAGAGGCUCUUCUCCAUGGCUCACGCAGUGGCGCUGGAUCUGGCUGCCAUGAACAUUCAAAGGGGCCGCGAUCACGGAAUUCCCCCCUACAACGACUAUCGGGUCUACUGCAACCUCACAUCUGCACAAACCUUCGAGGACCUCAGGAACGAGAUCAGAAACCCAGCUGUGAGGGAGAAAUUGCAAAGACUCUAUGGCACUCCCUUGAACAUUGACCUGUUUCCUGCUCUGAUGGCGGAGGACCUGGUCCCUGGAAGCCGACUGGGCCCCACCCUCAUGUGCCUGCUAGCUGCCCAGUUUAAACGGCUGAGAGAUGGAGACCGGUUCUGGUAUGAGAAUCAAGGAGUUUUCACACCAGCUCAGCUCACGCAGCUGCGGCAGGCCUCCCUCACCCGGGUGCUGUGCGACAACGGAGACAACAUCACCCACAUCCAGCCGGACGUCUUCUCGGUUGCCGAGUUCCCCCACGGCUAUGGCAGCUGUGAAGACGUGCCCAAGAUCGACCUGCGUAUGUGGCAGGACUGCUGUGAAGACUGCAGGACCAAGGGUCAAUUCAAUGCUCUGUCUUUCCACUUCCGGGGUCGAAGGUCACUGAAACACAGCUAUGCUGAGGACAAACCUGGUACAGAUAGUCCCAAGGACACCAGCCCCAAUGAGAGCUUAGCAGACAACGACUCCUCUGUGCCUGUGAACGUCUCUCUCCCAGUCAAAGCAAGCACUGAACCCUCACUGAAUGACUUCCAAGACUUUGUCGUGGAUAUGCAGAAGACCAUCACAAGUUUGCGAAAACAGAUUAAACGACUUGAGGCUCGCCUGAGUAAGACAGACUGCACUGAUUCGGAUGGCAAGGACCGCAGAAACGGAGCGCGCUGGAAGAGGGACCCCUGCACCACCUGCGAAUGCAAAGAUGCCCAGGUGACAUGUUUUGUAGAGAGGUGCCCCCCAGUGGACUGCAAGAAGCCUGUGACACUGAAAGGAGCCUGUUGCCCCAUGUGCUUGAACCAGCCUUCGAGCCAUGGCCAUGGCAAACGCCACGCAUAACCUCAGGAGCCCCGCACCCUACACACAUCCCAGCGGAGAAAAAAAAAAGACAUGGAGUCAUGGCAGUGCGAUGUGACCACACCAGCAUCCCAAUUGCCUAGUUUUUUUCUAUCAUUUAAAUUUUUGAUUUUUUUUUUCAAUUGUUUAAAGAGAUUUUUUCUCAUUUUUUAUAUUUUUUGGAUAUUAACUUUGAUUGUCAGUACCCCCACCCCCAAGGCCAAUUGCCUUACUUGGGUAUGGUCAAGUCCACUGGCUUCCUGAAGUGCCGGCUUGGCAGAGACAUCUGCCUCGUUAAGGAUGGAUGUGGGACUCCACCCUUCCUCCCUCUUGGCCCUAAAAAAACAGGGACCCCAAGGGCCGGUGGGCGUGGUCCAGAGCACUGGCCACGCCCACCAGGCCUGCACAUGAGGAGGGCGGUGCACCGUGGGUGUGCAUGGAAAGGGAACUAGAUCGACCGCCGUCGGCCAUGUCGUCUCACAAGAAAAACGCGUUCUCAGGUCAGAGAUGCCGAACAAACUGGUGCUAUUGUUUUUUUUUUCUUCACAAUCACCCUUUUUUUUAAAUGAUUCAGUUAUUUGCAUCAUUCUGAAAAAUAUUGUUGUUUUUGUUUAGUUUUUCUACAGUAUGCAAAUCAACAUAUACACUCUCAUUAUGUGCCUUUUACGUAAUGUUUAUGGUGCUUUAUAUCUUAUAAUGAACAUACAUAUAUAUAUAUAUAUAUAUAUACAUAUAAAUAUAUAUAUAUAAAUUUAUACAUAUAAAUGUAUAUUUUCCCCUACGUAUCAUCUGCUUCCAUAUGAAGAUAAUGUGAAUACCUGUUUAAAAAAUUUGUAAUGCAAAAAAAAGUCUACUGAUUACCGAAUGUGUAUAUUUUCCCAACUGUUGGUUAACUAACAUCUGGUGUUUCUCUCUCUCUCUCACUCUCUCUCUCUCUCUCUCUCUCUCUCUCUCUCUCUCUUUCUCCCGAAAGUCAUAUAAACAGUUGUUUUUUUGGAACUUGGAGAGGGGGGUGGGAGUUCAUGUUGGAGAACUUGUUGUAUGUCCCCUGUGAAUUUAACUUCCAACUUAUUUUCGCUGUCCUCUGCUUGCAAGAUGUGGUUUAUGCUCCAGGUAUUUUGUUUGUGUCCUGCAUGCAGGAGAACAGACAGGCAGAAACCCCAACUUUACUUUGAAGUUGAAAAGUUUUUUGCUAUAUUUUUGUUUUGUUUUACACCACUUUUCUCCCUUGCUAUUCCACUAGACUGUCUCACCCUAAUCUACCAAUGCAGUAUUUGAAGUGUUCAGUAUUUUCCAGUUGGUCCAAAAUGACUGCUCUCUGCACACACAAACAUCCAACGUUGAAGGACCCUAACUGUUUGGUACCUCACCACAUCACAAGUCUGACCUCUCAGCUUCUCAGGCUCUCUUCUUUGUCAGCCGUUGCCUCAAAGAGACACACAUCGACACCUCAUCUAUCAGUCUUGUGGUCAGGUCCCCUCAUCAACAGCUUGACGUGGGUCACUGCGGUUUCCUUGAACGUAUCUCCAAGCCUUGCCUCUACCAACACCCCAGCCCCCAACCCCCAACAGUAAAUCACCAUCACCACCACAGCUAUUGUCUUCGACCACAUUGUGCCUGCAGAAAGGCAGAUUAUGGAGGACAUGGUGGAUGUUUAAGGACUUUUAUAAGGCUCUCUCUCUCCUUCUCCCUACCUCUGUCCAGCUGUCUCUCUUACGUGUCUCCUUCCCCAGCGAUCACACUCAUACUGUCACUGGCAGAAACGGCUACUCGUGCGAAGCGUGGAGACACCUGGCUCUCAUCGCCAGCCUCAGCCUGGGACGUGCGAGAGUGAGGGCUGACGUCACUCUACUGAGUGCCACACUCACUCCGCACCUCCAUGAACCUCCCCGUUCCAUUGUAAUGAAAACCAUAUGCAGGAGAGAGAGAGAGAGAGAGAGAGAGAGAGAGGGAGAGGGAGGGAGAGAAGGAUAGAGGGAGAGAGAGAGGAGCAAAAGGAGGGACCAGGGAGAGAAGUAGAUUAAGACAAGAUGUCCAUCGUCCCCUCCUUGGCUCACAUUUCUUCUAGGCGCUCACAGUGGUGAGUCAUCACCCCAGACAAUGAAUGGGUGAAGUCACGAGGGAGGUUUAGAAUCAAGGCACAUAUACGUGCUGUUAGCACCACUCUUCAAACAGGCAUACAAAUAGGAAGACUUUGAGCAGUUCAGUGGUUCGAUACCGUUUGUAAUAAUCACAGCAUUGAUCAUGACACUCGGACAUGGGAGUUGGGGAAGGUAGGGGGAGUAUUCCUGCCCCAAUAUUGAAGUGUUUUAAAAAUGACCCCUUCAACAGAUGGAUUAAUUUAUGUCAGUCUUUUAGAUGGUGCAAAUGAGUCUACUACAACUACACUCCUCUACACAACUGUUCCAUCACUAGCUUGUCUCUGUUAUCAUUUUUGUUUCUCAAGGCUCCCAAUGUGAUUCAUUUUACUGUUUUUUACUCUGUGCCUGUGGGACAUCCCUGGGUCGGUUUCCAUGGAGGCCUCAGAGAGGAUGCCGUGGGAGGGGGGAGAUCGGUGGCUUCCUCACGCAGGAGCAUCUGUGUUUGGUUGCCACGGUAAGACAAUAGGGCGCAUAACAUCCGGUAGACCUGCUGUGACAACAAGAACAACAACAUCCACCCAAGGGACCAUUGCUGACUGGUUUUGCUGAGCAGUUAGGCAGAUCGCUAUCGCUCACUCUCGGCCCACUUCUCUUACCUUUCAUAUGUGUACCAUCUUCUCACGUUUCAGCCGUGACGUUCCGGCCAACUUACCUUUGAACAUGUUCCGUUUCAGAGGAGUUCUCUCUUCACCUCAUAUCAGAGGGGCUCCCUCUCUGUCUCCCCUUCUCCACACCCUUUGCCACUGUUCAUUCACACACAGCAUUUUAUCUAGUUUUUUAAUUUUUUUAUUUGUUGUCUACCCUUUGACCAGACCUCUGCCCACUUUAAAUGGAAUGCACUGCUCUGUAAGUCUGAUCAUGCUUUUACCCAGUAAGUGGUCAAAGUGGAUACCUAUCUGACAUUAUGUAUUGUAUGUUUGCCAAAGAAUCAUUUGCACUGUAAUGUAUGCCUCUCAACAGUAAUAAAAAUAGGCCACAUUUGAAAUAAA